UGACGGAGCGGCUCUCUCGCUCUGACAUACAAGAUGGCUGCGGAUGGAUAACAGUGAGCGAGUGCUAAUGAAGGAAGAAUCAUUUCCUCUCUGAAGCUACACAAGGAAGAAGCAGAUUUAUCUUGCUCAUGUAAAGGUUGUCAGAUCCCCAUGUGUUUAUCUCCAUGUGGAUUAUAUGGCAUGGUAUAGGACAGUCACGACCUUGGUGCUGAUUUAAGACUAAUGCCUUCAUUAGAUGUAUUUUAGGCAGCUGCUGAUUUUCAGAAAAUGUAAAGUAAUACUACUGUCUAGCAACACUGGGAACUGAAUAAUAGGUAUUGAAGAUGGCAAGCAUUAUGGCUCCAAGCUUGCUUACCUAUGUUGAAGAAGAGAAUGUGGCUGGUGUCAAAGCCUUUCUGGAGAAGUGCAAGGAGGUGGAUGAAAGAAAUGAGAAUGGACAAACCCCUUUAAUGUUGGCUGCAGAACAAGGCAAUCUUGAAAUUGUCCAGGAACUGCUUAAAAAGGGAGCAAAUGUUAACCUAGAAGAUGUUGAUAACUGGACAGCCCUCAUUUCUGCAUCAAAGGAAGGACAUAUCGAUAUUGUCAGAGAACUUCUCAGCCACAAUGCUAACCUUGAGCAUAGGGAUAUGGGUGGAUGGACUGCUCUCAUGUGGGCAGCAUAUAAAGGGUGCACAGAAGUCGCAAAGAUGUUGCUUGAGAAAGGUGCAAAUCCAAAUAUUACUGGUCAGCAAUUUAGUGUUUAUCCCAUCAUCUGGGCUGCUGGACGAGGGCAUGCAGAUAUUGUCCACAUUUUAAUUCAGCAUGGUGCAAAGGUUAACUGCUCUGACAGAUAUGGAACAACCCCUUUAAUCUGGGCUUCCAGAAAGGGCCACUAUGAGUGUGUUAUGCAUCUAUUGGAAAAUGGAGCUGAUGUGGAUCAGGAAGGAGCUAAUUCCAUGACAGCUUUGAUUGUUGCUGUCAAGGGUGGAUACACAGAUGUUGUAAAAGAAAUCCUCAAGAGAAAUCCAAAUGUCAAUAUGACUGACAAAGAUGGAAAUACAGCACUUAUGAUUGCUGCAAAGGAGGGUCAUACUGACAUUGUACAGGAUCUCCUAGAUGCAGGGACUUACGUCAACAUCCCAGACCGAAGUGGAGAUACAGUACUGAUUGGAGCAGUCAGAGGUGGCCAUGUGGAGAUUGUUAGAGCUUUGCUUCAUAAAUAUGCUGAUAUUGACAUCAGAGGACAGGAUAAUAAAACUGCAUUGUAUUGGGCAGUGGAGAAAGGAAAUGCUACAAUGGUGAGAGAUAUCCUACAGUGCAAUCCUGACACAGAAAUUUGCACCAAGGAUGGGGAAACGCCAUUAAUUAAAGCCACUAAAAUGAGGAACAUUGAAAUAGUAGAACUUCUGCUUGACAAAGGAGCAAAAGUAUCUGCAGUGGACAAGAAAGGAGAUACUCCUCUACAUAUUGCUAUUCGUGGGAGAAGCAGAAGGCUAGCUGAACUGCUGCUACGAAAUCCAAAAGAUGGGCGACUUCUUUACCGUCCAAAUAAAGCAGGAGAAACACCAUACAAUAUUGACUGUACCCAUCAAAAGAGCAUUUUAACACAGAUUUUUGGUGCUAGGCAUCUUUCACCUACUGAAUCUGAUGGGGACAUGCUUGGUUAUGACUUGUACAGCAGUGCUUUAGCUGACAUCCUUAGUGAGCCAACUAUGCAGCCUCCUAUUUGUGUAGGUCUGUAUGCACAGUGGGGAAGUGGAAAAUCUUUUCUUCUUAAAAAGCUUGAAGAUGAGAUGAAGACAUUUGCUGGACAACAGAUUGAACCUCUGUUCCAGUUUUCUUGGCUGGUUGUGUUCCUGACAUUACUUUUUUGUGGAACUGUUGGAUUCAUCAUUGGCUUUGCAGUGGACCCAAAACUUGGAACUGCUAUAGGGCUCAGCUUGCUGGCAAUGUUAUACAUAUUUUUUGUUGUGGUGUAUUUUGGAAGCCGCAGAGAAGGUGAAAGCUGGAACUGGGCCUGGGUGGUGAGCACUAGGCUUGCAAGGCACAUAGGCUACCUGGAACUGCUUUUGAAACUUAUGUUUGUAAAUCCUCCAGAGCUGCCUGAGCAGACUACCCGUGCUUUACCUGUCAGAUUCUUAUUUACAGAUUAUAACAGGCUGUCAAGUGUCGGAGGGGAAACGUCAAUGGCGGAAAUGAUAGCUACUCUCUCAGAUGCCUGUGAAAGAGAAUUUGGUUUCCUGGCAACCAGGCUUUUUAGAGUCUUUAAAGCUGAAGACACCCAAGGAAAAGCGAAGUGGAAGAAAACUUGCUGCGUUCCUUCUUUUGUUAUUUUUAUAUUUAUUCUCUGCUGCCUCAUUACUGGAGUUGUUUUGUUGGCAAUAUUUAAAGUAGAUCCAAAGAACAUGACGGUGAAUGCCUUCCUGAUCUCUAUUGCCUGUGUUGUUGGCCUGGUCUUGAUGCUGAACUGCCGAACUUGGUGGCAAGUACUUGACUCAGUCCUGAAUUCCCAGAGGAAGCGACUCCACAGUGCUGCAAAUAAUCUACACAGACUCAAGAGUGAAGGAUUUAUGAAGGUUUUAAAGUGUGAAGUGGAAUUGAUGGCUAAGAUGGCUAAGGCAAUCGAUGGUUUUACUCAAAAUCAAACCAGGCUUGUAGUUAUAAUUGAUGGACUGGAUUCCUGUGAACAAGAUAAAGUCCUACAAAUGCUUGAUACAGUGAGAAUACUCUUCUCCAAAGGUCCAUUUAUAGCCGUCUUUGCAAGUGAUCCUCACAUUAUAAUAAAAGCAAUUAAUCAAAAUCUUAAUAGUGUGUUGAGGGAUUCAAACAUUAAUGGCCAUGACUAUAUGCGCAAUAUCGUCCACUUACCAGUAUUCUUGAAUAGCAGAGGGCUAAGCAAUGCAAAGAAGCUGUCUGUUGCAGCUCCGAGUAAUGGAGAUGUCACAAAUGCAGAAGGCAUCCAUGAAGAUGUUGACCGAAAGCUUUCUCAGCAUAGUCUUGGAGAACUUACAAAGCUUGGCAGCAAAACAGCUCUUAAUAGAAGGGAUACCUACAGAAGAAGACAAAUGCAAAGGUCAAUUACACGGCAGAUGUCUUUUGAUUUGUCAAAGUUGCUUGUCACUGAAGAUUGGUUUAGUGAUAUUAGCCCACAAACAAUGAGAAGAUUACUGAACAUUGUCUCAGUGACAGGGAGACUGUUGAGAGCCAAUCAGAUUACAUUCAACUGGGAUAGAUUGGCUUCCUGGAUAAACCUUACAGAACAAUGGCCUUAUAGAACAUCCUGGCUCAUUCUGUAUCUUGAAGAAACUGAAGGUGUUCCAGAUCAUGUCACUUUGAAAACAAUAUAUGAAAGGAUAUCAAAGAACAUCCCAACCACGAAAGAUGUCGAACCUCUACUAGAAAUUGAUGGUGACAUUCGUAGCUUUGAAGUGUUUUUGUCUUCACGAACACCAGUUCUCUCAGCACGAGACAUAAAAGUAUUUUUGCCAUGCACAGUCAAUCUGGACCCCAAACUAAGAGAGAUUAUUGCAGAUGUUCGUGCUGCCAGAGAACAGAUGAAUAUUGGUGGGAUUGCGUAUCCUACACUACCUCUUCAAGAUGGCCCUGCCCGAGCUGCAUCUGUGUUCAGCCAGCCAUCUUCUGCAUGUUCUCCCACUAAUUCUUUCAGUGGCCCAUUUAAUCCUGCUGGAGUUGUGUCUCCUCAAGUCCACAGCAGUUAUUAUAGUGGCAUGACAGGUCCUCAGCACCCUUUUUACAACAGGCCUUAUUUUCCCAGUCAUGUUAGUUACCUACCAAGGCAGUACUUUGUCAGUUCUCAUCAUCCCAUGUCACGUCCAUCAAAUAAUACGAGAUUGCCCAGGGAUCAGAGCAGUGGACUAGAUAUUAUCAAGGAGGAUGCAGAUGAGGGGCUUCCUACAUCUUCUGAUCCCUCAAUGCAGUUAAAAUCACAGUCUUUCAAACCAAAAAAGGGUAGUGCAUCCUAUACACCUACAGCUCCUGUAGUCAUGCUCAGUGCCAUGACUGUGGAUGUUAUUUGUGACAAACUGAAGCAAAUUGAAGGAAUAGAUGUGGCCAUGCUUCCACAGUAUACAGCUACAAUCAGGAAGGCAAACAUAAAUGGUCGUGUGCUAUCACAGUGUAACUUAGAUGAACUGAAAAAAGAAAUGAACAUGAAUUUUGGAGACUGGCAGCUGUUUAGAAGUAUGAUGGCAGAACUUCGCCACAUUGAAGGUCAAGUCUUACAGGAUGAUUCUCGAGCAGUGAGUGAACAGGGAAGCAAUGUGAUUGGACACAAUGAACCAGUUCGUCGGCAGGCUCCUGCUUCUGAAACGUCAGCUAGCACAGAUGGUGCAAUGGUGUAUAAUCUGAGCUUCAGCUUUGAAGAGCUAAGUAAUAUUGGCUUGGAUGAACCAGUUCGUCACAGCUACCCAAACUGGAUACAGGCACAUACACAUCGUACCCCAAGCAUGUCAAGCUUAAACUCCCAGGAGUCUUCAAAUGAGAUAAGCAAGCUGACAGACAAGCAGCAAGCUGAAUACAGGGAUGCUUAUAGAGAAUAUAUUGCACAGAUGUCACAGCUGGAAGUAGGAGGCACCACUGGUGAUAAGCCCUUUAUACCAAGUGCAUCAGGACUGUCUCUCCAUUCAAAUGCAGAAGACAAAGGAAAGGAUGGUGAACCUGAAGGCAGGAAGCCUUACAUGAAAAGAGAUGGUAACCAACGAAUUGGAAAACCUACAGAUAUGGUAGAUUACACAUCAUCUAGUGUAUCUACCUCAGAUGCUUCCCCUCUAGAUCCCAUCACAGAAGAAGAUGAGAAACCUGAUCAGGUUACUUCUAAACUUCUCCUAGGUAAAAAACUUUCAUCUGAGCGAGUUAACAUCUUCCAAGGAGCAGAUCUGAAGCUUAAAGGAGUUGGUUUGCGCUAUCAGAAGCUGACCAGUGAUGAAGAUGAAUCUGGCACUGAAGAGUCUGACAACACUCCUCUUCUUAAAGAUGGAAAAGCAGAGAAAACAGUGAAGUCUGUUGAUCACAAGAAUGAAGUGAGUAGGCACUUAGGAAAAGGGAAGGAGUAUUUGUCAGAUGCCAUGCUUGAUAAAAAAGAUUCCUCUGACUCUGGAGUGAGAUCCAAUGAAAGCUCCCCUAAUCAUUCCCUUCAUGAUGAGGAAGCAGAUACAUCAGAGCUUGAGAAAGCCAAUCUGAUUGAGCUGGAUGAGGAUUCAUUAGGAAGAAAGAGGGGGAUCCCACUAAGUCUCAGUGGACUGCAAGACCCCGCAAUUGCCAGAAUGUCUAUCUGCUCGGAGGACAAGAAAAGUCCAUCUGAUUGUAGUCUGAUUGCCAGCAGCCCUGAAGAAAACUGGCCCCCGUGUCAGAAGGUAUUUAACCUGAAUAGAACCCCCAGUAAUACCACACUGAACAACAAUAGCAAUGCUCCUUCCAGCCACAAUGAGUCCUAUGAGGAAUCCGAAAGCCUAAGAAGAGACUCGCGAAACUUGGAGAACAGCAUCUCUCAAGUAAUAAUACACCCAGGCUCCAGUUCCAGCCCUACAAAAGUGCACAAUGAAAACCUGCGGGGAAUCCACCUGAAAAAAGGCUUAACGACAAGCUACAGUAGGCUUAUGAAGGAUGGGGCUACUCCAGAUCUGCACACCGUCGUUUCUUCUGAUGCUGUGAGCUUUGGGGAGGAGAGGGAAAGCAUCCUUUAGAAGAAUGACUAGAAAGGCAAAUUUAAUGUUGUCUUGUCGUCUGUGUUUUGGCAAUCACUGCAUCAAAUUCCAAAAUUGAAUUCACCUUUUUGAGUUUUUCAAGUGAAGCUGCAGUUUAUUCAUAUCAUGAUUGGCAAGAUAAUUUUUUUUCUUGCACAAUACAAAUAUAACAAAUCAUUGAUAAUUGAUCAUUCUAAAUUUAAUUUAUGUAAAUCAGUUACGAUUUUUAAGGAAGCAGCCUUUCAUUUGGAUAUUGUCGCUAAUGCCUUUGGCAACGCACUACUCUGAAAGGCUCUUGAGUGCUUAAGUAAUUUGCUUAAGUGUUUGCUUAUGUCUGUUCAGUUCUUCGUUGUCUGUGUGAAGUGGUAGUACAAAAUAUUGUUAAGUGACUAACCUAAUUUGAAACUGCCAGAGUAUUUGCUGGGUACAAAAAUGUUUAAAGUUGCCAGUGUUUUAAUGUUAAACAUGCCCAGUUUUGCUUAUUCAUGUUAGAUAUUUAAAUAAUCUGUUGAAUGUUGCACUGAGUAAUAGGUAAGCUGCUGUAUUCCCUUUUUUUUUUGUAGUUUAUAUUUGUGAAACAGUUAUGCAUCCUGUCUAAAUGCCAUAAAUAUAAUAGACUUGCACUUAAGAAUAUAAAAACUAUCACUUGCUAUCAUGAGAACCUCCAGUAUUUCAGAGUAUUUUGUAUGAAGUGAUGUUUAUGGGGACACACAAAUAAGGAUAAAUGAUUUAUGUACACUCUAAUCAUAGUCCGCAUGUUUCAUGCAGUUGUCCUGCUUACUUGCAUGCCUGAUUAGAAGUUAGAACAUUAUCCCGUGUAUCAAAGAAUGUUAAUGGUUUACGUGAUAGUUGGCAUUUUGUCUGUAGAAUCAAACAGUACUACAUGUGAUAGAAGGGUUAAUGUUUAACUGUUUGAUGUUUCCUUGUUAGCACGUUAAAUCCCCAUUGUGACUUGUAGUAUGCACUUUGUCAAAUAUUUAUUAAAUAUUCAUUUGAUGUAUAUGUAUGUAUUCUAAAUGUAUAUUGUGAUGUAAUGUGUCUGAUUGAGUAAGUAUCUAAAAAAAUAAACAACAAAAAGCAAAA